AGGGAGGCGGCGGCGGCUGCGCUGAGAUCCUAGAGCCUGAGCCCGGCCGGGACAAGCGGAGCGGAGCGCGGCGGCGGCGGCGGCGGUGGCGGCGGCUGGGCCAGGAGAGGCUGGCGCGCCGGGCGGCUCUGCGAAUCCUCCAGCAUCCGCCCAGGCGGGCCGCCCCCGCCCGCGGCAGCUCCCCGAGCAGCGGCCCGGCACCGGCGCCUUCCCGGCGGGCAAGAGUGAACCAUGGAGCUACGUGUGGGGAACAAGUACCGCCUGGGCCGGAAGAUCGGGAGCGGGUCCUUCGGAGAUAUCUACCUAGGUGCCAACAUCGCCUCUGGUGAAGAAGUUGCCAUCAAGCUUGAGUGUGUGAAAACGAAGCACCCCCAGCUGCACAUCGAGAGCAAGUUCUACAAGAUGAUGCAGGGGGGAGUGGGAAUUCCAUCCAUCAAGUGGUGCGGAGCCGAGGGUGACUACAACGUGAUGGUCAUGGAGCUGCUGGGGCCCAGCCUCGAGGACCUCUUCAACUUCUGCUCCCGCAAGUUCAGCCUCAAGACGGUGCUGCUCCUGGCCGACCAGAUGAUCAGCCGCAUCGAGUACAUCCACUCCAAGAACUUCAUACACCGGGACGUCAAGCCCGACAACUUCCUCAUGGGGCUGGGGAAGAAGGGCAACCUGGUGUACAUCAUUGACUUCGGCCUGGCCAAGAAGUACCGGGACGCCCGCACCCACCAGCACAUCCCCUACCGGGAAAACAAGAACCUGACUGGCACUGCCCGCUACGCCUCCAUCAACACCCACCUGGGCAUCGAGCAAAGCCGUCGAGAUGACCUGGAGAGUCUGGGCUACGUGCUCAUGUACUUCAACCUGGGCUCCCUGCCCUGGCAGGGCCUCAAAGCGGCCACCAAGCGCCAGAAGUACGAGCGGAUCAGCGAGAAGAAGAUGUCGACGCCCAUUGAAGUCCUCUGCAAAGGCUACCCCUCUGAGUUCUCAACAUACCUCAACUUCUGCCGUUCGCUGCGGUUCGACGACAAGCCCGACUACUCCUACCUGCGCCAGCUCUUCCGCAACCUCUUCCACCGUCAGGGCUUCUCCUAUGACUAUGUCUUCGACUGGAACAUGCUCAAAUUCGGUGCAGCCCGGAACCCCGAGGACGUGGACCGGGAGCGGCGAGAGCACGAGCGUGAGGAGAGGAUGGGGCAGCUCCGGGGGUCCGCGACCCGGGCUCUGCCCCCUGGCCCGCCCACCGGGGCCACCGCCAGUCGGCUCCGCAGUGCGGCCGAGCCUGUAGCUUCCACCCCUGCCUCCCGCAUCCAGCAAGCUGGCAAUACUUCCCCCAGAGCGAUCUCCCGGGUCGACAGAGAGAGGAAGGUGAGCAUGAGGCUACACAGGGGCGCACCCGCCAACGUCUCGUCCUCCGACCUCACUGGGCGGCAAGAGGUCUCCCGGAUUUCAGCCUCACAGACAAGCGUGCCAUUUGACCACCUCGGGAAGUGAGGAGGAGCCACCAUCGGACCAGUAUUUGCUUAGUGUCUUCACUGUAUUUUCUUUUAAAAAAACAACAAAAAGAUGGGGAAAAAAAAACCACUUGAACAAAAAGAGAAACAAAACCCAGCACAAAACCAACGAUGGAUUCUAUUUCGAUUCUUUUUUUUUUCUUUUUUUUUUUUUUUCUUUUUUUGCCAAUGGCAAGAAGAUGGGAUGCCCUCGGCAUAGAGGAUCCUCGUCCCUUCACACUUCCCGCUGCCCACAGCCUUCAGGCUGCCAAACGCUCCCAGACAUCAGGUUACACUUGGCGGACGCCACGGCCGCCACCUGACAUGGCUGGGAGGGGGACACUUCUGCACUGGAGUUGCAGCAGGUCCUCACGGGCCCUCAGGAGGUGGCCUGAGGAGCUGGGGGAAUGGAUUGGUUGGUCAGAGGCAGGUCCCACUGGGUGUCCAUGAGCCUUGGGACCACAGGAGACGUAUGCAGCCCCACCCCCCUGAGAUGACGGCCGCCGACUUUCUGUGUUGGGCUUUUGCCAGUGCCCCCCUCAGCAUUUGGGUCCCUUCUUUGCCUGUCCACAGAGACCUUGAGGAGGGGGUGGUGAGGCAGGGGGGCCAGGAGUCCUUGUGGGCGUGUGUGUAUGUAUCUGACCUGUAUCUCCCAGGACAGCGGGUGUCCCGCCCACCUGCCAGGCCGACUUUGUGUUCUCAUCCCCCUGACAAGGACAUGGGGGUGGGCAGUGACCUCCAUGUCCCUCAAGAAGGGCACAGAGGGUCUUUGACACCACCGACCCCUGAGACUGUCAUCAGCCUGUGGUCCCCCUUUUCUGGUCUUAGGGCAGAAUCCGUGGAGACUACUUCCAGAAGGCAUCUGGCUCCUGGGUUAUAAAUUAAUUCCCUGGUCCUGACACUCACCUGGGGUCAGGCCUGGGCACUGGAUUUAUCCAUCCUGCCUAGUUAACACUCGUUUUUACUUUAUUUUUGUUUGUUUUUUUCUGUGUGUGUAUUUCCUAAUUUAUUUACCUCUGUUUCCCCUUUUUUUUCUUUUUCUUUUUUUUUAAUUAAAGAGCAAAACUUUUUAUUACUUUGUAAUUUAAAAAACUGAAAAAAAAUACUGAAGAACUUUGGGGGGAAUUUUGUACUUUUUUCCUGUGUAAAUAUUGGACUUUUUUGAGCUUUAUUGUGGUUGUUAAUUUGAAGUAAUAAAGUAGAAAAGGAUAAAGUGACAUGGGCAGCCCUUGGUCCACCCACCUCUUUGCUCUGGGGGCUUCUCUCCAGCAGACCUGGGAGCCGGGGAUGGCUGAGGACACUCGGAGAGUACUUGGUACCUCCCUGGGACUGUUUUAACCCUGUGCUUCAAAGACCACACACAAACCACCUGGGGACCUCGUUAAAAUGCAGCUUCUGACUCAGGAGGGCUGGAGUGGGGCCUGAGAGUCUGCAUCCGAACAAGUUCCAGGUGAUGCCCACAGCCCAGGACCACACUGAAUAGGAAAGUUCAAAACGCUCUUCACGUUAUCCACAAUUCUGAGUUAUCUUAGCCAUUAAUUCUGAGUUA